UAGAUGGAAAAUCAAGCCAUAGCUCAUCCAUUUUUACAUCAAAAAGAUAAGCGGCUUGUUUAGCAAUUGAGUAUUUUCAGUUUUACAACAAAAGCCAGAUUAUGACUCUUGUGGUAUUUUUUAAAAAGAAAAAUAUAUACCAUAACAAGGAUGGUGGAGCGGUUUACCCCUUUUGAUCCUCCGCGCUAUCCGUAGUUUCGGACAACAGUCAACAUGGCUGCCUCCAAUGGCGUCAGUAAAGGAGCUGAGCUUUCUAAAGCUGAGUACCUCAAACGUUAUCUGUCAGCCAGCGAAGAUGCUAGUAAAUCAAAAGGAAAGAUAAAAAAGAAACGACGCAAAGUUCCUGAAAAAGGACUUAAAAUAGUAGAUGAUGAUAUAGACUGGAGACAGAUGGUCACAGAACCGAAGGAGAUUGAAGAGGAGGAAGAAGAAGAAGCUCCUGUGAUUGCUGAAUUCAUUGACGAGCGACCAGAGGAGGUGAAACAGAUGGAAGUCUUCAGGACCAGCAACAGAUGGAAAAUAGUUGGAGCUGAUGAGAACGAGGAAGAUGAAACAACGGGGGAACGUGUAGAGUCUUUGGAAUCUAGCAAAAUUCACCAAGACUCACCGGAGAGGUCAUCAAAAGACAUGAGACACAAUUCUCCCAUCAGAAAAGCAAGACAUGACUCUCCGGACACAUCUCCUCCAAGGAGAGGUCGCCACGACUCUCCAGACUUGUCACCUUCAAGAGGGCAUUCAGGGAAAUCAGGAAAGGGCCGAUAUAAAGAUUCAUCUCCCACUAGAAGAAAGCCCAGCUCUUCGAUACCAAGUAAACCAUGCCCAGAUCAUCGUUCUUCACCGCAAGCUGAUAGGAGUCAGAAGAGGCACGAUUCAGACUCUGAUCAGUCACCUCCACGAAAAAAGCCCCAGAAGAAAAAGCCUUCCGAUUCAGACCAGUCUCCUCCGAGAAGACGCUCAAAAUUCAGCCAGUCUCCUGACUCUGACCAGUCUCCACCCAGGAGGAGGCCACGGACUGGAAAGGACUCGGAUGGAGAUUUGUCACCACCUCGUAGAGCUGGAGCUUCACAAGGUCCGAGGAUGCUUUCUGGUGGAAAAGCAGGUCUUGUUUCUAUUGAGGUUUUGAGGGAAGAAAAGGAGGAAAACCGGCGCAGAGACAGAAGCAACCAGCCGCUAGAAGAUCAGUCCCGCGGUGCCCAGACUGUGUUUCGAGACAAGAGAGGUAAAAGGAGAGAUUUGGAUUUGGAAAGAGAAGAUCAGAAGAAAAAAGCUGAAGAGAAAGCAGUAAAGGAUGAGAAAUAUGCUCAGUGGGGAAAAGGGUUGGCUCAGAGCCAGAUGGAGCAGCAGAAACUUGAGGAUGCGGUGCUCGAAGCCCAAAAGCCUCUGGCGCGUCACUAUGACGAUGAGGACCUGGACCGCAUGUUGAGAGAGCAAGAAAGAGAAGGGGAUCCUAUGUUGGCGAUGCUGAGACGUAAGAAGGACCGCAAAGAAAAGACAAAAGUGAAACCUAGGUAUAAUGGCCCCCCACCACCGCCGAACCGCUUCAACAUUCUGCCAGGCUAUCGCUGGGAUGGAGUCGACAGGUCGAAUGGUUUUGAGUUAAAACGCUACACGCGGAUGGCAGACAGGAAAGCCGUCCAGGAGGCAGCAUAUAAAUGGAGUGUGGAGGACAUGUAAAGGAAACGGAGACGAACGCAUCAGCAGUACACCGUUUAUAGUCAACAGACUUGUUCUUGUUGUUAAAACACAUCGAGACACAUGCACUCAACAGAAGGUAUAUUUUGUAAUGGACCAAUGGCGUUUUGGUUCUUUUUCCAGAUCAGUUUGAUGCUGUAUUGCAGUCAUGGUGUGACAACGUCUUUAUCUCUUUGUUAUAACUGAAGCAACGUGGCACGAGAACUGAUGUAGGUUGUAAUCUUUUAAUAAAUGAUGUUUUUGUAAA